AUUUCUCCCCAACUGCUUGUCACCCUGACCUGCACCAUCUCUAGACUGCUUGUGGGGUUUCUGUCAACAAGUACUGGAGGGGAGAAAACUCUUUGGAGAAUAAUAUUUUAUUGUGGCCAUGCCAGAACCCACCAAGAAAGAGGAAAAUGAAGUGCCAGCCCCUACCCCACCCUCAGAAGAACCAAACAAAGAGAUGGAGGCCAGAACUGGACCAGCGAAAGAUGAAGAGGAUCCCUCCCCGCCUAGUGCCCUGCCUCCAGGUUUGGGUAGUCGGGCCCUGGAAAGAAAAGAUUCAGAAUGGUCUCUUGGCGAAUCACCUGCUGGGGAGGAACAAGACAAGCAGAAUGCCAACUCUCAGCUGUCCACCCUGCUCAUUGAAAAACCUCAGUCAGGAACGGUGAAAGUUGGUGAAAAUAUCACCUUUAUAGCCAAAGUCAAGGCUGAAGAUCUUCUUAGAAAACCCACUAUCAAGUGGUUCAAAGGGAAAUGGAUGGAUCUGGCCAGCAAAGCUGGGAAGCACCUCCAGCUGAAGGAGACCUUUGAAAGGCAAACUCGGGUGUACACAUUUGAGAUGCAGAUCAUCAAGGCCAAAGAGAACUUUGGUGGAAACUACAGAUGCGAGGUCACCUAUAAGGAUAAGUUUGACAGCUGUUCAUUUGAUCUUGAAGUGCAUGAAUCCACUGGAACUACUCCAAACAUUGACAUCAGAUCUGCUUUCAAGAGAAGUGGAGAAGGUCAAGAGGAUGCAGGAGAACUUGACUUUAGUGGUCUCCUGAAACGUAGGGAGGUGAAGCCGCAGGAGGAGGAACCCGAGGUGGACGUGUGGGAGCUGCUGAAGAACGCCAACCCCAACGAGUACGAGAAGAUCGCCUUCCAGUAUGGCAUCACCGACCUGCGCGGCAUGCUCCGGAGGCUCAAGCGCAUGCGCAGGGUGGAGAAGAAGAGCGCAGCUUUUUCAAAAAUUCUUGAUCCUGCAUAUCAGGUUGACAAGGGAGGCAGAGUAAGGUUUGUUGUGGAACUGGCAGAUCCAAAGUUGGAGGUGAAAUGGUAUAAAAAUGGUCAAGAAAUUCGACCCAGUACAAAAUACAUCUUUGAACACAAAGGUUGCCAAAGAAUCAUGUUUAUCAAUAACUGUGCGCUGACAGAUGAUUCAGAGUAUUAUGUGACAGCUGGUGACGAGAAGUGUUCCACUGAGCUCUUCGUAAGAGAGCCUCCAAUUAUGGUGACCAAACAGCUGGAAGAUAUAAACGCUUACUGUGGGGAGAGAGUGGAAUUAGAAUGUGAGGUGUCUGAAGACGAUGCUAAUGUAAAAUGGUUUAAGAACGGUGAAGAGAUCAUCCCCAGUUCAAAAUCAAGAUACCGAGUUAAAGUCGAGGGCAAAAAACACAUCUUGAUCAUAGAAGGAGCUACAAAAGCUGACUCAGCGGAAUAUUCAGUAAUGACAACAGGAGGACAAUCGUCUGCUAAACUCAGUGUUGACUUGAAACCUCUGAAGAUUUUGACACCUCUGACUGAUCAGACUGUACAUCUUGGAAAAGAAAUUUGCUUGAAAUGUGAAAUCUCUGAAAACAUACCAGGAAAAUGGACUAAAAAUGGCCUACCUGUUCAGGAGAGUGACCGUCUAAAGGUCGUUCACAAAGGAAGAAUCCACAAAUUAGUGAUAGCCAAUGCUCUCAUUGAAGAUGAGGGUGAUUACGUAUUCGCACCAGAUGCCUACUCUGUUACUUUGCCAGCCAAAGUUCAUGUUAUUGAUCCUCCGAAGAUCAACCUGGAUGGUCUUGAUGCUGACAAUACAGUAACAGUGAUUGCAGGAAACAAGCUUCGUCUUGAGAUCCCUGUGUCUGGAGAACCACCUCCUAAAGCCCUUUGGAGCCGAGCAGAUAAGGCUAUUACGGAGGGCAGCGGCCGGAUAAGAGCAGAAUCCUACCCUGAUAGCAGCACUCUGGUCAUUGAUAUUGCUGAAAGAGAUGACUCUGGAGUUUACCACAUACAUCUGAAAAAUGAAGCUGGAGAAGCUCAUGCAAGCAUCAAGGUUAAAGUUGUGGACAUCCCCGACCCUCCAGUGGCACCGAACGUGACGGAUGUGGGAGAUGAUUGGUGUAUCAUGAAUUGGGAGCCUCCUGUCUAUGAUGGAGGGUCUCCAAUCUUAGGAUACUUUAUUGAGAGGAAAAAGAAACAAAGCUCCAGGUGGAUGAGACUGAAUUUUGAUCUCUGCAAAGAAACAACUUUUGAGCCCAAGAAGAUGAUUGAAGGUGUGGCCUAUGAGGUCCGCAUCUUUGCAGUCAAUGCCGUGGGCAUCUCCAAGCCCAGCAUGCCCUCCAAGCCUUUUGUUCCUUUGGCUGUAACCAGCCCUCCUACUCUUCUGGCUGUUGACUCUAUAACUGACACGACUGUCACAAUGAAGUGGCGGCCCCCAGACCAGAUUGGUGCAGCAGGUUUAGACGGCUAUGUGCUAGAGUAUUGCUUUGAAGGAUUGAAGGAAAGAAGCUCCAGAGCACAUUUGGGGAAUGAGAAUGUGAAUGCAAAUGCGCCUCUGAAGGAGGAAAACCACCAUGGAGAAGAAACUUCUUAUGGAGAGAAAACUGCUGAAAAAGAAAUCCCAGGCCCCCGGAUUGGAUCAUCGCUGGCUGGGGGGGCAGAAGAGGAGAGGGGUGUAAAGCCUCCUGGUACAUCAGCAAAACAGUCUGGUGAAAAUGGGGAGGAUGCGUGUGAUCUAUGUGAUCUGCCAGCUGAGAACUGGAUAGUUGCAAACACGGAGCUGAUCGACAAGACCAAGUUCACCAUCACAGGUCUACCGACGGAUGCAAAAAUCUUCGUGCGAGUGAAGGCUGUGAAUAAGGCGGGUGCCAGCGAGCCCAAGUACUACUCUCAGCCCAUCCUCGUGAAGGAGAUCAUAGAGCCUCCGAAGAUUCGCAUCCCGCGACACCUGAAGCAAACCUAUAUCCGCAGAGUUGGAGAAGCUGUCAAUCUGGUCAUACCUUUCCAGGGAAAACCAAGACCAGAAUUAACUUGGAAGAAGGAUGGUGCAGAAAUUGAUAAGAAUCAAAUAAACAUUCGCAACUCUGAGACUGAUACAAUCAUAUUUAUCAGAAAAGCAGAGAGGAGCCACUCUGGGAAAUAUGAUCUGAAAGUCAAAGUGGACAAAUACGUGGAAAGUGCAUCAAUUGACAUCCAGAUUGUUGAUCGUCCGGGUCCACCCCAAAUUGUGAAGAUUGAGGAUGUCUGGGGAGAGAAUGUUGCUCUAACAUGGACACCACCAAAGGAUGAUGGAAAUGCUGCCAUCACGGGGUACACGAUCCAGAAAGCUGACAAGAAGAGCAUGGAAUGGUUCACUGUCAUUGAGCAUUAUCACCGAACCAAUGCCACCAUUAGCGAACUGGUCAUAGGGAAUGAAUAUUAUUUCCGGGUCUUCUCUGAAAACAUGUGCGGCCUCAGUGAGAAUGCCACAAUGACUAAAGAGAGCGCCGUGAUCGCCAAGGAUGGUAAAGUCUACAAAAAUCCAGUGUAUGAAGACUUUGAUUUCACAGAGGCACCCAUGUUUACUCAGCCUUUGGUUAACACCUAUGCUAUCGCUGGUUACAAUGCCACCCUGAACUGCAGUGUGAGAGGAAAUCCUAAGCCCAAAAUAACCUGGAUGAAAAACAAAGUUGCUAUUGUGGAUGAUCCAAGAUACAGGAUGUUCAGCAACCAGGGGGUGUGUACCCUGGAGAUUCGUAAGCCUAGCCCCUACGACGGAGGCACUUACAGCUGCCAAGCAGUCAAUAACCUUGGGACAGUGGAGAUUGAAUGCAAACUGGAGGUGAAAGGUGGGCUCUCAUUCUGCAGGCUCCUCUUGCAAGGUGUGCCUCCAAACAUAAUUGAUUCAUAUUUGCGAGACUUACAAUCAAGCAAUCCUGAGGAAUAUUGAGGGCCUGGGUACUGCCUCUGUACACUCUGCUGCUUUGAAAUCUGGUUGAAAUGAGAAAGCAUUCUCUGUUUUUCCACCAGGCCCCCAAGUGUGGUCUUUUUCUUUAAUGUUGAAGAGAAAAAAAAAUGUUUGCACAGAUUGCUUAAUUAAAAAUCGCAAACAAAA